AGACACUGGAGCCUUAGCUAACCUGUAGGAGCUAGAUACAGUAGCUAGCUACCUAACUCACUGUAAAUCUAAGUGCGAAAUAUUAGCUGGCUGCAAACCAAGAUAAGGCCGUACAAUGUCAGCAGAGAUGGAGGAGGACGAGCUGGCUCUUUCCGAGGGCGAGGAGGGGCCAACUGAAGAGGGACACCAAGAGGAUGAGAGUGCACCUCAACAUGAAAAGCAGAUAGAGCCAUGCCAUUUGACCCAAGAAACGGUUCAUCAGAGCCUGUCCUUGCUGUGCCGCACAGCAAACGGCCUGGCUCACGCCUUUGUCAAGAUGGAUUUAAAAGACAGGCAGUUGACAGACAUAUCUCUCAUCAGUAGUUUUGUACAUCUGCGUUUCUUGGACAUUUCCUCCAACCACAUGUCUGACCUGUCUCCCCUUUCAGCACUAACCCAUCUACUCUGGCUGAAUGUUGAUAAGAAUAUGGUGACACGGUUGAAAGGUCAGCCCCUGGGUCAGCUGACCUUUUUGCAGUGGCUGAGCCUUGCUCUAAACAAGCUGACAGACCUGGAGGGUCUGGGGUGCCCUGCCCUAGAAAGCCUCAACCUUACUGGUAAUGGUAUCCAGAGUGUUUCUGGGCUGCAGUUCAAUCGACUCACUAACCUAGUCACUCUGGAGCUGAGAGGAAACUGCCUGGAGACAACAGACGGCAUCUACCUCCCUAACCUGCAACGAUUAUACCUGGCCCAGAACAGCAUCAAGCAUUUGGAGGGGUUAGACAAACUGGAGCGCCUCACCACCUUGCACCUCCGAGACAACCAACUGGAGACACUGGAUGGCAUUAGCCCCAACAUGAAGUCCCUACAGUACCUCAAUGUCAGAGGUAACCUAGUGUUUAACCAGCGCGCCCUGCGCAGCCUGUCGGCUGUGUCAAAGACACUGCGAGCCCUGGUGCUGGCAGAGAACCCUCUGUCGGAGAAGGAAGACUACCGCGUGUAUGUGGUCACACACCUGCCACUCCUGGAACGGCUGGACAAGGAGCCAAUCUCCCCCGAGGAGAAAGCUGAGGCCAUGGAGAGCUUUGGGGAGUUUGAAAAUGAGGGGGCAGCAGAGCAGGAGGACAAAUGAUGACAUCUGGAAGCUGAACAAAGGCACUGAAGCAGUGACUGAAACAGCACCCAGCAGGGGUGGGGAUGAGAGCGCUGACAAUACCAGUGUCAAAGAGGCUGCAUUGUAUGUCAAACCUUGGAAAAGGCUUGGACAGUAUUUUUAGUUGUUCUUCCACAAUUUUUGUGAAUCAUAAUGGUAUACUAAGUUUAACCAAUAAAAUAUUGUAAUGUAAACAUUAAAAUGUAUUUGGCAAUAUCCUACACUAUUUUAAUAUCUAUGCAAGAGAUUUUA